AUCGUAUCAGUAUUUACUUUCAGUUGUUCAAUGUCAAUUUAGUCACUUUAUCAUGGGUACCUUAUGCAUUUUUAGGGUACUAAAACCCUUUUGUUUUAUUUUUGAAUAGAUAUUUCAUAUUUUUGAUUAGUGUUUAGGAUGCUGUUUCCGUUUCUUUAUUCUGGUGGAAUAGAGAACAUGCUACCUUUAAUCCUAUUAAGUGUUGUAGCUUUCAUUUCGUGUUUAUUAAUAUUCAGGAAUGCUAGAGAUCUAUGGGAUUAUCGAAGGAAUCUUGGGAGAAGUAGCCUUGUCAAUUAUGGCCACUCUCAAAUCCCCAAAAUGAAAAUGAUGGAGGUUCAUAUUCCCUUUGUAUUUAAAAUUCAAGGAACACAAUUGGUGGACAAUGAACUUCAUUGCUUGAUAUCAAGUCAAGAUAGUUAUAGAUUCAUGGCAUUCUGGGCAGUAUCAGUACAUGAACUUCAUAUGCUUUUGUGGCUUCCAUGGAAAGUUAUGUCGAAAUCAAUUGAAGAAGGUUCUUUUCUACAGGGCUACUAUGUAAUGAAAGGACCCCAUUCAAGAAAUGCAAGCCAUGAAGAGGAAGUCCUCAAAAUACCCAUUCCUUCUUUAAAUUCUGAUGAUUUUAAGGCUGCUCCAACAUUGUGUUAUCCUUUGGUCAUAUUUUUGGUUACUGACUGUAAAGAAACCCCUAAACCAGAAGAAACUGUAGCAUUGAUUAGUAUAUUACAUGUGAAUAACGAAUCUGUCUCCCAAUUGCCAAUUAGUAUUAUUUCACAGUACCUGAAACAAGCCAAUGGACAGGUUUCAAGACUUAAGCAACUGUAUCUUGCCAAUGAUGAUCCAGAAAAUGUAAAUAUGGAAAAGGAUCUAAAUAGAUUGGGAAGAGAAAGGUCUCAGCAUAUAUGCGUUGUUUGUUUAAAUUUACCUAUAUCCCGUGCCUUGUUACCAUGCAGGCACACUUGUGUUUGUGGAUCUUGUUUCAAUAGAUUGAAAUGUUGUCCAUUGUGCAGGAGCCCUAUCAGAUCAUACUUCUGCAUUCGUAAUGAAGAUUACUUAGCUGAUUUGUAUACUGCAGAUAAUAAAUCAAUAUUCCAAAGGGUGCAGGAGUUCAUUUCUGAGAUGCUUGAGGGAGAAGAGUGGAUCCCUUGAUUCCUUCACAAUCCUUAUUCCAAAUUAAUUGUUAACUCAAAAAUUUUUUGUAAUCAACUCAAUACUCCAUUCUUUAUUUUAAUUAUUUACAUCUAACAGAAAUUAUAUAUUUAAAAAUAAUGUGUAAAAUGAAAUAAAUUCUCAGAUUAUUUAGUUUC